AUGGCGGCAGCAACCUCUAUUCAUUCUUUUAUUGCCUGUUCUAACUUGGAAGCGUUCUUCAGAAUGAAGAGAGCUAGGCAGAAGGCUGUGGUAGAAAACGAAGCUCCUCAAACAUCACAGAAAAUUAAGAAAAAGAGGACUGGUUUCCAGGGAGCACGGUUUGGAGAGGCCAGCCUGCCCGGCUCGGGCUGGGGGAGCCUGCCACACCACGUCAUCCUGAGGAUCUUUCAGUUUCUGCCUUUAGUCGAUCGAGCCAGGGCAUCCUCCGUUUGUCGAAGGUGGAACGAAACUUUCCAUGUCCCGGAACUCUGGAGGAGGUUUGAAUUUGAGCUCAGCCAGCCAGCUACUUCUUAUUUAAAGUCUACUCAUCCUGAUCUCAUUCAGCAGAUUAUCAAGAGGCAUGCUGAUCAUCUGCAGUACGUCAGCUUCAAGGUUGAUAGUAGCACAGAGUCAGCAGAAGCAGCCUGUGACAUCCUUUCUCAGUUGGUGAACUGUUCUAUCAAGACACUGGGUUUGAUUUCUACAGCAAAACCAAGCUUCAUGAAUGUCUCUAAGGCUCAUUUUGCUUCAGCGCUGACAGUAGUUUUUGUUAACUCCAAGUCACUGUCAUCAAUCAAGAUUGACGACACACCCGUGGAUGAUCCUUCUUUGAAAGUUCUUGUUGCUAACAAUAGCGAUACUCUAAAACUACUGAAAAUGAGCAGUUGUCCUUAUGUGUCACCUGCUGGAAUUCUUUGUGUUGCUGACCAGUGUCAUGGACUUAAGGAGCUGGCUUUGAACUACUACAUUUUAAGUGAUGAACUGCUGCUGGCUCUUUCAAGUGAAAAACAUGUUGAUCUCGAACACCUUCGGAUAGAUGUUGUGAGUGAAAAUCCUGGACAAGUUGAAUUUCAUACCAUUAAAAAGCAAAGCUGGGAUGCUCUUGUUAAACACUCCCCCAAAGUCAACAUUGUGAUGUAUUUUUUCUUGUAUGAAGAAGAAUUUGAUGCUUUCUUCAGAGAGGAAACCCCUGUUACACACCUGUACUUUGGCCGUGCAGUAAGCAAAGCAAUGUUAGGUCGUAUUGGCAUGAAUUGCCCGAGGUUAAUUGAGCUGGUGGUUUGUGCUAAUGGACUUCAGCCUUUGGAUGAUGAACUUAUGCAGAUUGCAGAGCGCUGUAAGAACCUAACAGCAAUGGGGCUUGGUGAGUGUGAAGUAACUUGCAGGGGGUUUAUCGAGUUUGUGAAGAUGUGUGGUGGCAGGCUCACCCAGCUCUCUAUAAUGGAGGAGGUGUUGAUUCCAGAUAAUGAUUAUAACUUGGAUCAGCUUCAUUCUGAAGUCUCCAAGCACCUUGGAAGAAUGUGGUUUCCUGAUAUGAUGCCGACGUGGUGAACUGUCUACAUCUGUGGAUAAACUGUUAGGAUCAGGGUGUUGCUCUCUAUGCAAGUAAGGAACUUUAAAAUGGAAACAUAUAGGAAACAUCCCAGAUUUCAGUUUCUCUUCCUUGAGACCCUGGAUAUAGGGGUAACAGUAAAUCACUCAAGAAUGUUCAUGGUAUAGUGAAAUAGCAAUUAAGUGUACUUAACUGUAGACGCUCUUGAAAGUAUGUCCAUGGUUUACAGGUACUUUUUUACUUCAGUUAAAUGAGGCUUCUCUGAUUUAGUUUCAG